AUGACGGAAGUGUCGAACUCAAUUAUUACACCGAAUAAUCCUGAAAAUCCACUGGCAGAAGUUGACCAGGAGACCGUCUUGUUUGCGGUCGAGAUAUUUCAGCAGCGCUUUGCAAUGUUCAGCUUCUUACACGGUCCCACCUUGCUCUCAUUGAUCUACGGAAAACGUGCACUGGAUCUCCGAUUCUGUGGCAUUUUGGCAGUGUGUGCGCGCUUUAUUCCGAAAUUGAUACGUCGUCAUGGCGGUUCUCAAUCUGCUUCUGAGCAUUUUGCCGCUUAUUUACGGUCCAAGAUUACUUGUCAGACAGCCAGGGGAUAUGAAAUUUCCGUAGCGCAGGCUCUGUUGUUGCUGAGCUUUCAUGAUUGGGGUUCUGCCAAAGGGGUCCAGGCGUGGACAUAUAUCGGAAUGGCAACCAGAAAUUGUUGUUCAAUCCUUGCCCGGCUAGCCAAUGAGAAGGCGCACAAGUCGAAAGAUGCGCUUCAGACAGAAACGGAAGAGGCGCGUCGAACAUUAUGGGCUUGUCUUAUGAUAGAGUCCCUUCUCGGAUGCGGUCAUCUUCGCUCAUUAAGCCUUCACGCAAAAAUAUACAAUGUACCGCUUCCAACAUCUGACGAGGAUUAUGCCUUCGGUGUCUGCCGUACAGAUGAUCCGAAAUAUUUGGAAGUGCUUGAUCUCGAAAACUCAGACCCUCCGAACAUGCAAAGAUUAACUGGGAACAGCCACGAAAUAGAUUUUGCACUGGUCAUACAGGGCUUCAACAUAUGGUGCGAAGUUUCCCGGUGGAUCUCUACCGGUGGAAAUCGGUCCGGAGCAACAAUUUUGACGGAGGGCACUCGGAAUCUCAGCUCGUUCUGGACUCGCAGCCUCAUGGCGCUUAAAGACUGGCGAGAGAUACAGCCUCCGCGAUUUCAUUACACACUUGCGGGCUCACACUUGCAAGCUUUCAUAUCACGCAAACAGGGAGAGCGAUAUGCUUUGGUAAACUUGAUCUUUUUUUUGACCACGAUUUUUCUGUACCGCGAGCAUGUCCCUCUUGUCCCUCGCAACGCCCAGGAGAUGGAUAGGCCUGAGUCAGCAUCCUUUCGUGGAGGUGCCUCCAUCGACUGGCCGAAGGAUAGCGCAAAUCGCUUGUCCGAGAGUGCGUUGUCAAUCAUUCGAAUGAUGAAUGAGCUCACGAGCCAAGGUCUCACUUUGCAUGUGCCUUUUACAUGUUACUGCGUGUUUAACGCUAUUACUAUACUUUCAUACGUUAAGAGAUGGCCAGCGACGAGUCUUCGACACGGAAGCGUUGUAGAGUCUUUCAAUUGGGGUUUCGAAUGGCUAUCAAAAGCCAGCGAAACAUGGGAAGUUGCAAGAGCGUGGAAAGCAACUUUGAUGAAGAUUGAAUCUUCUCACGACUGCCCCCCAUCCGAAUCUCAGAUUUUUCCACGAUCUGAGGCCGAGUUCGAGUCUUUGUCGGAUCUAGCUAUUCCCACCGCGGGGCAGGAACCCACCACACAGCCACGACAGCCUGGAAUGGAUCAGAAUACGACUUCCGGUAGCAACACUGCUGCACGACCAAAUCUCACAACCUUAGACGAUAUUAUGAGAUGGGGCUCUUCUGCAUCAUACUCAGAUAUGUCGUGGCUGUCAAUCAAUAGCAUGUUUCUAGACUAUGACUUAAUGAUGGGUGCGCAGGAAGACCCCACAGUUGAUCCAGUCAAUUCUUAUUAG